UUGAUUGAUGAAAGAACAUUAAGGGAUGAUACAAAAAAUGUAAAUCUUGAUUCUUUUUCGGUUGGUCAUGAAUCGUUCAUUCAUUGCAUAGAUGAUUCCUUAGAUGAAAUAGAAAAUUUGAAAAAAGCACGUUUAAAUGAUAAAUUGCCUUCCAUGUCAGUAGAUUUUGUUUAUAAUAUCGAUGAUACUAUGAAAGCCGAAGAUGAUAAUGAUUGUAUUAAACCUUGUAUAAUUAAACCAAAGUAUUCUUUAAGCAUUAAAAAAAAAAUUAUGAUGAGUAACUGUAAAUCCAAAUCCAGUUUGAUAUCUGAAUCAAAUAAGGUCGCUGGCGCAGAUAUUAAUUUCGACGAGUUAAUAGAUCGUUCGACCUCUACCGACGAUGAAAAUGAAUUUGCAAAGAGCAAAUGUAAAGUGGUAAAUAAAUUUGUCAAAAAAUCCAAGAAUUUAGGUAGAGUAGAAGAUCGUAUGUCGAUUGAUUUAUCACCAACAAUAAAUACAAUUGAAUCAUCUUGCAAAGAAACCGUCUCUGCUAAAAUUAUGUCUUCAAAUGGGAAUGACGAAGAAACAGUACCAACAAAUCUAUUAGAAACAAAGACCUCGUUAGAUUUAAAUAAUAUAAAUUUGAAGAAAUUAGGUUUCAAUGAAGAUUUAAUGAAGUGGAUAAGUAGCACUAAAACCCAUCCUUUAAUUUCCUCGAGUACAUUAGCCAUAUCUAAGGAGAAAUUAACAUCCGAAAAAAAUGAUUUGAAAGAUAUUCAAAUAGAAAUAUUGGAAAAAUUUUUCAUAGCGUUUGAUAAAAUUCCUAUUCCAAUAUUGUCCAAGUUUCCUGAAUUUAAUGCUGUUUCUUGUCAACAACUACGAAGUUUAUAUCAAAGGAUAAAGGCUAAAAUACGUCAAGCGGAUAAGAAGCUUCAAAGUAUUAAUAUUCAAGAACAAGAUGAAGAAGUACGAAUUGCAGAAAAUCAACAAUAUUUAGAAAACUCUUACAAUGAUUCUAUUAAUAGUCGUGAAGCAGAUUCUGAUUACGUUCCUUUGUCGACCGAUGUUGACUCUAGUGUUAACGAUAAAAAUAAGUGUAUUAAACGUGUAUGUGAUACUAGUUUCGUCAGCGAAGAUUGUAUUACAAAAAACGAAGACACAUCGAUGCACAAUAAUUAUAAUAAUCAAGACGUAUACUCUAAUGACUUAUCAUAUUCUAACGAUCACUCGUUCAGACAAUAUCUAAAUCAAAGCAAAGAUAAUUCUGCUAACUCUCCAAUUGAAGUUAAAAAGAAAAGUCGAUUUCAGUUGAAAAUGCCAAUUAAAGCAACCGUUAAUCCCGCAGUGUCCAAACAAAUACAAGAAAUGAUGGAUAGAAAUCAACAAGAUAAAGAAUCCGGCUUCGAUGUAAAUAUUCAGAGCGAGGAGAAAACCCUGACUCAACAGGUAUUUGAACUUCCCGAUUUAGAUAAGGAUAUAGUUAAUAUGAUAACACCAUCUCCGAAUAAACAAUUAAAAAAAUUGAAUCGAUACAGUAAUGACUUUAAAGAAGAUUGUAAUUCCGGUAAUGUACAAAAUGGUGGACAAUUUAUCGGAGAUUUUAAAAACGAUGGUGUCACCGGUGUGUUCGAUAGUUUGGACUAUCCUCAUUCUAGAAAUAUGAUGAAUUUAUUUCGACAAAAAUUUGGUUUGCAUCAAUUUAGACCAAAUCAGUUGCAAACUAUUAACGCUGCUAUCUUGGGAUGUGAUUGUUUCGUUUUAAUGCCAACCGGAGGUGGCAAAUCUUUAUGUUAUCAACUACCCGGUAUACACGCAUUGGGAAUUACAAUUGUAGUUUCACCAUUAAAAAGUCUAAUACUUGAUCAAGUACAAAAAUUAACUUCUCUCGAUAUUCCAGCAGCUCAUUUAUCAGGUAGUGCAACGGAUGGAGAAACACAAAGAGUUUAUACAGAAUUAGCUAAAAAAGAGCCAGCUUUAAAACUUUUAUAUAUAACUCCAGAAAAACUCUCGGCUUCUCAAAAACUAUGCAGUGCUAUUACGGCUUUGUACGAAAGAAGAUUGUUGGUAAGAUUUGUAAUUGACGAAGCUCAUUGUGUUAGCCAAUGGGGACACGAUUUUCGUCCAGAUUAUAAAAAAUUGCGAACACUUCGGGAGAAAUACCCGAGAGUACCAAUUAUGGCAUUAACAGCUACGGCAACACCACGUGUCAGAACUGACAUUCUUCACCAAUUGGGAAUGACUUCCCCCAAAUGGUUUAUGUCAAGUUUCAAUCGGCCUAAUUUACGUUACAUUGUCCAAAGUAAGAAAGGAAAAAAUUCAACGGAAGAAAUCAUCGUAAUGAUUAAAAAUAUGUUUAAAAACGUUUGUGGUAUUGUUUAUUGUCUUUCUAGAAAAGAUUGUGAUAAUUUUGCCAAUUCCAUGAAAACCAAUGGAAUAAAAGCCCUUAGUUAUCAUGCCGGGCUUACUGAUCAGCAGCGAAUAGAUAUACAAGGCAAAUGGAUUUCUGAACAGAUCAAAGUUGUUUGCGCUACCAUUGCCUUUGGUAUGGGAAUAGAUAAACCGAAUGUCAGAUUUGUUAUUCAUGCAACUUUGCCAAAAUCAAUCGAGGGCUAUUAUCAAGAAAGCGGUCGCGCUGGUCGCGAUGGCGAAAAUGCAGAAUGUAUUAUGUUUUAUCAUUACGGUGACAUGAUGAGGCACAGGAAGCUGAUACAGAUGGACGAAUCACAAAAUAUCGAUGCUCAGAAAACCCACAUGGAUAAUCUCUUUAAUAUAGUGGCUUUUUGUGAAAACAAAACCGACUGUCGUAGAUCAUUGCAAUUAAAUUAUUUUGGAGAACUAUUUGAUAGAUCUAUAUGCAUGGCCAAGAGAGAUACUACUUGUGAUAAUUGUAGAAGUCAAGGACAAUUUUGUAACGAAGAUGUAACGGAACAUGCUAAAGCCCUUGUGACGUUAAUUCGAGAUUUCUCAAAGGGAAGAAUUAGCAUUACGAUUUUGUAUAUAGCAGACGUCUAUAAAGGCAGCAAUUUAAAGAAAAUUCGGGACUUGGGUCACGAUCGUCAUCCCCUGUAUGCUAAAGGAAAGUUAUGGAAAAAAUACGAAAUUGAAAGAUUGAUGCAUAAAUUAGUAAUAGAUGGUUAUCUUAAGGAAAACUUGUAUAUAAAUAAUGAAAUUACUUGUGCUUAUGUUGGGCUUGGACCAAAAGCUCAAGAAUUGAUGACCUGCAACAACGUUAAGAUAUUUUUGCAAAUAAAGAAGGAAUCGUCAUCGUCAUCGUCAUCUACCAAAGUAGCUACUGUAUCAAGUGCAUCAAACGCUGCCGAUAAUAAGCAGGGCUUAGAUAUAGACUUAAAAGAAUUGAAGCAACAAUGUUACACGGAAUUGGCUCAAAUUAUUAAUGGUAUUGCUGGUGCUUUGGAUGUUUCAGCCAAUUCUAUAAUGAAUAUGGUUGCUGUUCGAGUGAUGAGCGAGCAAUUGCCUGAAACAGAAGAGGCAAUGCUGAAGAUACCCCAUGUCACGAAAGCUAAUUUUCUUAAGUACGGUAAAGCUUUGCUUGACAUAACUCAGAAAUACGCAGCAGAAAAGUUGGUAUUGCUGGCCGAGCAUGAGGAAUCGACUAAAACAUCUGCUACGACCACCGUGGCUCCAUAUUUUAACGAUGAUAACGAAUGGUGCGAAACUAAAAAUAGUAGCAUAAAGAGUAAUCGAAAAAGAAAAGGAGGAUUCAAAAACGGUCGUUUUACAAAAUUUAGACGUACUGCUAACAGCCCCAAAGUUGGAUCUAGUCAAAAUUCAGGAAAAGCUCGAAAUACUAGUACCACAAAAACCAGAGGUAAAGCUGGAAGAUCGUCUAAGCCCGCAGGACCUGGCCUCGUUGAAUUUUCCCAUAAGAAGCAAGCAGGACGAUUUCUAAAUAUUAUUUAGUGAGAAUCAUUGUUUUCACUGGGUAUAUACUUUUUUGUACAUUUGUAUCCACAGUAUUAUA